AUGGCCUUCUGUCCCAUCAGGUUUCAUGGGAUCAUUUCUCGCGAGCAAGCCGAUGAAUUGCUUGGAGGUGUAGAAGGAGCAUAUAUUCUCAGAGAGAGCCAGCGGCAGCCUGGAUGCUAUACCCUAGCUCUCAGGUUUGGUAAUCAGACCUUAAACUACAGGCUUUUUUACGACGGGAAGCACUUUGUAGGGGAAAAGAGGUUCGAGUCAAUCCAUGAUUUGGUAACAGACGGCUUGAUAACACUGUACAUAGAAACCAAGGCUUCUGAAUAUAUUUCAAAAAUGACGACAAACCCUAUCUAUGAACACAUUGGAUAUGCCACUUUGCUUAGAGAAAAAGUAUCGCGGAGACUGAGUAGAUCAAAAACUGAAUCAAGAAAAGCUAGCGUAACCACAUGUGAAGAAAACACACCAGUUGAAAAGGACAAGAGAAGGUCUUUCUUUUGGCUUGUGCCCAAUUUAUGCAGCUUCAGAAACUCAACUUCAGAUAAUCUAUCUGAUACCAUCGAGACACCAGCACCUGAAAGGAAAAUCUCUGCUUUCCAUCUCAACACGGAAGAUACUACAAAGAAUCACAGCAAAGGGGCAAAUGAGGGUCCCUGGGCUAAAAUUUGCAAUGUUUUCAAAAUUUAGGGUUUAGGCUUCAGGUUUGUCACUUCAGGUUCACCCGGGGAGGGGGGUGGG